ACCAACUACAUCUACAAGAAGUACAUGGAGUAUUGGUGCAUGCAGGAGGCCUCUAGACUUCUACGUGUAGCUCUAGCCUACUCUACUUUCUUGUUUUCAAAGAAUGUUUUCACUGUAGUCAGCGAUUGGAUCAGCAUUGUUGAUUAGUUUAGGGGAAGUUGCAGCCAGAGGAUGUCUCAUGAACCAGAACCACCUUGUCCUCCAGAUCCAUUGUUUGUGCUUCGAGGUUCCAAGGAUGCAGUCAAUUGUGUGAGAUUCUAUAAAUCCACUGAUGAGAAAGGGAGAUUAUUAUCAGGUUGUGGGUGCGGAGAAGUGAGACUUUGGAAUCUUGAAACAAGGAGAGCAGAAGCAGUUCUCGAUGGCCACAGUGGCAAGAGUGUGCUGUCAGUUUCACCAUUAGACAAGUCCCAAAUUGUCAGCCAGGGUCGGGAUGGUCAAAUCUUAACAUGGGAGACUGCAGAAGGCAGGCGUGAUGUCAUAUCCUCCAUAGAAACUAAUGGGUUAAGCUUCUGCAGGUGCAGUGUUUAUCAAGAAGGAAGCCCUCUUGUGGCAGCUCCAGGCCAGGACUCCGAUGUCCAUGUCAUUGACCUUCUCAACAAGUCAACAGUCUGCUCAUUGAGGGCGGACAAAGAUGUCAAGGCAUUUGGUAUGCCAAUGUGUAUUAAGUUCAUCUCUGCAUCGAAGCUGCUGGUUGGCUACGAGGCAGGCCAGGUUGCAUUAUGGGAUAUCAACACUCGGAAAAUGCUGGCCAACAAAAAGUUACACAGCGAGCCAGUAAUGUCACUGGACUACUCCAUUUUGUCAGAAAGGGGUGUAUCAGGGUCAGCUGAUGAUAAACUAUUGACAUGGACAUGUAAAGAGGCUGGUCUGACAGUUACAUCAGAGUCGACUUUAACCAACCCUGGACUCUCUGAUGUUUGUGUCCGUCAUGACAAUAGAAUACUGGCUACUGCAGGUUGGGAUUCACGGAUUCGAGUGUUUGGUUGGAAAAAGUUGAAACCCUUAGCUGUCCUGAGCUACCAUCGUGCGACCGUCAAUUCUGUGUCAUUUUCUGAGCCUCUACCUUCAUUUAACUUCUCCCAACUACUAGCUGCUGGGUCCAAGGAUAAACACAUCAGUCUCUGGUCAUUGUAUAACCCAAGUUGAGAGCCGCAA